AUCCCAUCUAAUGCCGAGGCUGAAGGAGUCGCGUUCCCACGAGUCACUGCUCAGCCCUGGUAGCGCGGCGGAGGCUCUGGACCUCAGCAUGGAGGAGGAAGUGGUCAUCAAGCCCGUGCACAGCAGCAUCCUCGGCCAGGAUUUCUGCUUCGAGGUGACAACGUCGUCUGGAAGCAAAUGCUUUUCCUGCCGGUCUGCAGCAGAACGGGACAAAUGGAUGGAGAAUCUGCGACGAGCCGUGCAUCCGAACAAGGACAACAGUCGGCGAGUGGAGAACAUGCUCCAGCUGUGGAUUAUCGAGGCCAAAGAACUGCCCGCAAAGAAGCGAUACCUGUGCGAACUCUGCCUGGACGAGGCACUCUACGCCCGCACCACUUGCAAGCUGAAAACGGACAAUGUCUUCUGGGGGGAGCACUUUGAGUUCAACAACCUCCCGCCCCUGCGGAGUAUCGCCGUCCACUUGUACAAGGAGACGGACAAGAAGAAGAAGAAAGACAAGACCAACUUCAUUGGGCUGGUCAGCAUCCCGGCCGGCUCCGUUACGGGGCGCCAGUUCGUGGAGAAGUGGUACCCGGUCGUGACGCCCAACCCCAGCAAGGGCAAGUCCGGGGGGCCCAUGAUCCGCAUCAAGUCGCGCUACCAGAGCAUGAGCGUGCUUCCCAUGGAAACGUACAAGGAGUUUGCUGAGUACGUCACCAACAACUACAUGGUCCUCUGCUCCGUGCUGGAGCCGCUGCUGAGCGUGAAGAACAAGGAGGAGAUGGCCUCGGCCUUGGUCCACAUCCUGCAGAGCACGGGAAAAGCCAAGGACUUCCUGACAGACCUCAUGAUGUCGGAGGUUGACCGCUGCGGGGAGAACGAGCACCUGAUCUUCCGAGAAAACACACUGGCCACCAAGGCCAUCGAGGAGUACCUGAAGCUGGUGGGCCAGAAGUACCUGCAGGAUGCCUUAGGCGAGUUCAUCAAGGCGCUGUACGAGUCGGACGAAAACUGUGAGGUGGAUCCCAGCAAGUGCUCCUCCUCAGAUCUUCUGGAGCACCAGAGCAACCUGAAGAUGUGCUGCGAACUGGCCUUCUGCAAGAUCAUCAACUCGUACUGCGUCUUCCCUCGGGAGCUGAAGGAGGUCUUUGCCUCGUGGCGCCAGGAGUGCAGCAGCCGCGGCCGGCCGGACAUCAGCGAGCGCCUGAUCAGCGCCUCCCUCUUCCUCCGCUUCCUCUGCCCAGCCAUCAUGUCUCCCUCCCUCUUCAACCUGCUCCAGGAGUACCCAGACGACCGCACUGCCCGGACACUGACCCUCAUCGCCAAGGUCACCCAGAACCUGGCCAAUUUUGCCAAGUUUGGGAGCAAGGAGGAGUACAUGUACUUCAUGAACCAGUUUCUGGAGCACGAGUGGACCAACAUGCAGCGCUUCCUCCUGGAGAUCUCCAACCCCGAGACCCUCUCCAACACGGCCGGCUUCGAGGGCUACAUCGACCUGGGCCGAGAGCUGGCCACGCUGCACUCCCUGCUCUGGGAGGUGGUGGCCCAGCUGGAUCAGAACACGGCCACCAAACUGGGCCCCUUGUCACGCCUGCUCAGGGACGUCAACGCCGCUCUGAGCAACCCGUCCUGCGUGCAGGUCUCCGUCACGAGCGAUCCUGCCACCUCCACCCCAAACGCCGGCAACGGCAUCUCUGUCGGGCUGCAGAAGAUGGUCAUUGAGAGUGACCUGUCUGGUCUGAUAGAUUUCACACGGUUACCGUCUCCAACCCCUGAAAACAAGGACUUGUUUUUUGUCACAAGGUCUGUGGGGGCUCAGCCGUCGCCCGCCCGGAGCUCCAGCUACUCGGAGGCCAAUGAGCCCGACGUCCAGAUGGCCAAUGGCAGCAAGAGCCUCUCCAUGGUGGACUUGCAGGACAAUCGCCUUUUGGACGGAGGGGGCGGUGGGCUGGGGGCCGCCGAAGCGCUCCCCGAGAGCCACCCCUCUGCCGGGCAGGCCUGGGGCACGCGGACUCAACAGAGUGGCCUAACGGGCACUGCCACCGUGCGCCGCUCCGCACAGACGCCCACCACCCCCAACGCCGAGAACGCCCCUGGCCGGCCCCAGCUGCUGGCCCCCCUCUCCUUCCAGAACCCCGUCUACCAGAUGGCGGCGGGCUUGCCGCUCUCCCCCCGGGGACUGGCCGACUCGGGCUCCGAGGGCCACAGCUCGCUCAGCUCCCACAGCAACAGCGAAGACUUGGCAGCGGCCACCAAGCACGGGUUCAGCAACCCCACUGUCCCGGAGGACUUUGCCCGGCGUGCCGGAGAACUGGCCCGCCGGCAGCUCUCAGUCUCCGAGAAGGGCGGGCAACCCACGAUGCCCCGGCAGAACAGCGGUGGCCCCCAGCGGCGGAUAGACCAGCCCCCACCCCCACCCCCUCCCCCGCCUAUCACUCGGGGCAGGACCCCUCCCUCCUUGCUGAGCACCCUGCAGUACCCCCGGCCGGCCAGUGGGGGCCUGCUUUCCUCCUCACCCGACUGGCCGGGCAGCGGUGCCCGCCUGCGCCAGCAGUCCUCCUCCUCCAAGGGAGACAGCCCUGAAAUGAAACAGCGCACCAUGCACAAGCAGGCCCCUUCUCCGGUGAACCCCAAUGCGCUGGACCGCACGGCCGCCUGGCUCUUGAACAUGAAUGUGCAAUUUUUGGAAGAGGAGAACGCCGAGCCGGAAUGCAAGCUCAGGAGUAAAGAUGAGCUCAGCCAGGAGGAAAAGCAAGACGUGGCAGUGCUGCAGGACAAGCUGCGCCAAUCUUCCAAGAAGCUGGAGGAGUACGAGGUGCGUUUCCGGUGCCAGGAGGAGGGCACGCAGAAGCUGGCGCUGGAGUACCAAGCCCGGCUGGAGGAGAGCGAGGAACGGCUGCGGAGGCAGCAGGAAGACAAGGAAAUACAGAUGAAGGGGAUCAUCAGCAGGCUGAUGUCGGUGGAGGAGGAGCUGAAGAAGGACCACUCGGAAAUGCAGGCGGCUGUGGAUUCGAAGCAGAAGAUCAUCGACGCCCAGGAGAAACGCAUCGCCUCCUUGGACGCGGCCAACGCCCGGCUCAUGAGCGCCCUCACGCAGCUGAAAGAGAGGUACAGCACGCAAACCCGCAACGGGAUUUCCCCCACCAACCCGACUAAAUUGCAGAUCACCGAGAGCGGUGAAUUCCGGAACAGCAGCAGCUGUUGA